AAUACACCCAUAAAUUCACCUACGGAGCUGAAGCCUAGCGCCAGCUAGCUUGUCCUUGUAGUAAUUGUUUACAUGAGACUUGGGACAAGAAAAAUGGCUGCCUCCAUGGAAAGAGCUGACCCGCAAUUCCAACUUCUUUCGGAGCAAGAAAUUGAGGAACUGAUCAAUGGAAGGACUUCAGAAAGCACCAAAAGAACAAUCAAGUUCGGCGUCGUACGACUGAAGAACUUUGCUGACUACACUAACACAAACUUGGAUGGAAUUUCAGUGGAAUGUUUGGACGGUUUCUUGUCUAGAUUCUAUCCUUCGAUACGCAAAGGAGAUGGCUCGCAAUUUUCAAGAAGAUCUAUCCAAGCUAUCCGAUACGCUGUGCAACGGCACUUUCUGGAAAAGCAUGAAUUUGAUAUUUGUGACAAUGCCAAAUUCCCAAGGAGUAACAAGGUCUUCAAAGCAGUACUGGUCAAGCUAAAGAAGGAGGGAAAAGGUAAUGUAAAACACAAGCCAAUAAUUUCUGCUACUGAUAUGGAGAGAAUCCAAACAUCGGCUCAGUUGGAUUGUUCUACUCCUCUCGGUCUGCAAAACAAGGUCUUUAUCGACUUAAUGACCUACUUUUGCAACAGAGGUCGUGAGAACCUUCGGUCGAUGAAGCCAUCUGAUUUCACAGUUGAAUUUGAUGAAAAUGGACGACGAUUUGUGUCAAAGCGUGAUGACCUCACGAAGAAUAAUAGGGAGGAUGUAGAAGAGAGUUCGAAUUCUGGUGUUAUGUAUGAGAUUCCUGAAUCGGAGAGCUGCCCAGUAAGAUCCUUUGUGUUAUACAUCUCUAAACUUGAUUCAAGAUGUCCAUUUCUUUGGCAAAGACCAAAAGAAAAAGCCCCAGAAGACGAAGGACCAUGGUACAGUAAUUCUGCAGUAGGAGUGAACAUUCUAUCUAACAAGAUGAAAGAGAUCUCGAGGAAAGCACACUGUAGCAAGCUGUACACAAAUCAUUGUAUCCGUGCGACAUGCAUUACUUCUCUUGAUACCGCUGGGUUCCAGUCCCGAGAUAUAAUGUCCGUAAGCGGACAUCGAAGCGAGAGUUCACUGAAACAUUACAGUAGAACAAGUGAAUCCCGCAAACGUGAGAUGUCGAAGCAGUUGUCGGAGAAUCUUUACCAUCGUGACAAUCGAGACAAUGCAUCGCAUGCUUCAAGUUCAACCUCCAAACCUUCGCAGUCUGAUCCCGAACGUGCUAGAUCUGGACUGCAGUCAAAGAAGAAAUGUACUGAAAGGCCUAGCGUUAGAUCUAGUGCACCUAGCGAAGAUUCACAAUGCAGCCAAGAGAUAUGUGAAAUUCGAUAUCAGCGAGUGUCUAUUCAAACUCAAUCCCAGAGACAGAGUUCACCUCAAAUCAUCAGUGAAACUACUGGCAGUGGUACAUCUACCGGUGGUAAUCAGUUCAAUUUCACGAACUGCGAGGUGCACAUUUAUACCAAAUAAGCUCUUCUCGAUGACGAUGUACAUAACUGUAAAUGCGUUCUCUUCAAAGUUCCGGUUUAUAGUGUUCUACAGUGUUCUAUAAAAGUGUUACUUAGUCAGUGUUAACUGUUAUCGUGGCAACAUUUAGCAUUUUCAACGAGUUUACAUGGAUUACAUGAAUGAUGAAGAUCUGCAUGUCCCUGUUUACACUCUGCAGACGGUUAACUCUAGUGUUAUACACCACUGUCCGAGGGUGAGGAGGCAGCCAUUUUAUUUCUUCGUAAGUUAUCGUAUAUUUUUGAACUGCAGAACGUGUAGUCUAGACUGUAUUUUAGCUGUGAUUAAACUCUAUUGUCUGUGAAGGCAGCCAUGUGAUUUCUUCAUAC